CUUGCAUUUUGUGUUUUGCCUAAAAAUAUACACCACAACUGUAAGCCUAUUGUGAAAAUAUCAGCAUCUGUCUCCUCAGCUCUGCAACACACUCUGCAACACACUCUGCGAUACACACUCUCACACGUCACGCAUUUGUGAGGAGGCGUGAGGCUCAGGAGGAGGAACACCACAGAACACACGCGCUGUUUUGCUGGCUUAGCUGCGCUUUGGAGAGCUGUCUCUUGAAGACUGGACCAGAGCUGAAUCCAUCGCUUCAUCCAUCCUGUCCUUCCUUCCUGGUUUCCAUUCCUCCAACACUGAAGCAGCUCUCCUUCACCCAUCCCUGGACCAUUUUGACUGAUUUGCUCUCUGUCAUUCAUCUAACCUUUGAUCACCUGUAACCAUUGCUGCCUGUUUCUAGCUUUCACUUCAUUCAGCCAAGAAAUCAAGAGACAAUCUUAGAGAGCAACUAACUGACCGACUGAGAGACCGACCUUUUCAACCGCAAUCAUGAACUUCCUCCGGCGCCGCCUCUCUGACAGCAGCUUCAUGUCCAACCUGCCCAAUGGCUACAUGACAGACCUCCAGAGGCCUGACCCACCUGCUCCUCCUCCCCCCACGGCGUCCUCCCCUUCCCAGCAGGGUGCAGAUCUGACCACGGCGCCCGCCCCUGCCCUAUCCCCGACCAAAGCUCCAGCACCAUCCCAGGCGCCAGCCAGCUCCCCCGCAGCUCAGGAGCGGCGUGCGAGUCAGCAGCCUCAACAGGCCCAGUCCUCCUCCUCGUCCGGCGGUUCCUCUGGCUUCUUCAGCUCCUUCAGCUCCAUCACCAACGUGGUCAAACAGACGGCCGCAUCCGCCGCUGGGUUUGUGGAGCAGUCGGCUCCCUCUCCCUCCCUCUCCAAGAAGUUCAAGAUCCUGUUGAUCAUCGAUGAGGCCCAGCAUGAGUGGGCCAAAGUGUUUCGGGGAAAGAAGGUCCUUGGAGACUACGACAUCAAAGUGGAGCAGGCUGAGUUCUCAGAGGUCAACCUCGUCUCACAUUCAAAUGGCACCUGUAACGUGGAUAUGCAGGUCAUCAGGGGUGGGACCAGAGUGGUCAGGUCUUUCAGGCCUGACUUUGUCUUGGUGCGCCAGCACGCCUUCAGCAUGGCCCAGAAUGAGGAUUUUAGGAACUUAAUCAUUGGUCUACAGUAUGCGGGCGUCCCCUCUGUCAACACACUGGACUCCAUCUACAACCUCUGUGACAAACCCUGGGCUUUUUCCCAGCUUGUCAACAAUCGGAAGAGGUUGGGUUCAGAUAAGUUCCCUCUCAUUGAUCAGACCUUCUACCCCAACUACAAAGACAUGAUUACAACACCAAGCUUCCCAGUAGUGGUGAAGAUCGGACACGCCCACUCUGGAAUGGGAAAGGUCAAAGUGGAUAAUGUGAGUGACUUCCAGGACAUUGCAAGUGUAGUGGCCAUCACUCAGACCUACUGCACUACAGAGCCAUUUGUAGAUGCCAAGUACGACAUCAGGGUCCAGAAAAUCGGCGCUGACUACAAAGCAUACAUGCGAACAUCCAUCUCUGGUAAUUGGAAGAGCAACACAGGAUCUGCCAUGCUGGAACAAGUAGCCAUGACUGACAAGUAUAAGCUGUGGGUUGAUACCUGCUCAGAGAUCUUCGGAGGGCUGGAUAUCUGUGCCGUUAAAGCCAUCUGUGGCAAGGAUGGUAAUGACUACAUUACUGAGGUCGUGGGUUCAUCUAUGCAGUUGAUUGGUGAUCACCAGGCAGAGGACCGCCAGCUCAUCUCAGAGGUGGUGCUGGCUAAGAUGAACCAAGCACUGGCUGCCAGAUCAUCUAGUGUUUCCCGCUCACCUGCUCGCUCCCCUCAAGGCCAGAGGCCAACUACUGUGCAACCUCAACAGGGUGCUGCCCUUAAGGAAGGACUGGCAGAUCCAAACAGGACCUCAGGCCAGCGCCCUCAACCUCAAGGUGCACCAGUGAAAUCACAGAGUGUAGAGCCAUCAACAGAGUCAGCUAAGAGAGCAUCUGAACCAGUACCAAAGCCCAGCCAGGCCCAAAAACCUGUCCCAGGUCCAGCUCAGAAACCAGUCCAGAGGGCCGCCUCAGUUACAAAGCCUCCAGUGCCGAGGCCUCCCCCAAUGACGAGAGCCCCAUCCGUCACAAAGUCAGCCCCAGGUUCUGCUUCCACCCCAGCCCCAGCAAAAGCUUCACCAUCAUCCCCAGGUAAAGCAGCAGCAGCAGCCUCAGCAGCUCCAGGCUCUUCCCCAACCAAAGCAGCAGCAGCAGCAGCAGCAGCAGCCAUAGCUCCAGGCUCCCCUCCAUCCUCGGCUUCAACCCCAGCUCCAGCCCCAGCUCCACCCCCAGCCUCUCCCCCAGCCUCAGGUCCUACCACAGAGCAGCCCAAGCCCCAGCCUCAGAGCUCCCCAUCUCCAGCUCCUGGCAAACCAAAAGAGCUGCCCCCCAAACCCACACCGCCUGCAAAGCCUAUCCCUCCUGUACGCAGGAAUUCAAGGCCACAGCUCCAGCCAAAGCCGCAAACCCCGCCUCCUCCCAAAGCUUCACCUAAACCCCAACCCGCUGCCCAAGUCCCAGCACCCACUCAGACCUCAGAUACCGCCUCAGCCCCUGCCCCAGCACAGGUUCAGUCCCCAGCCAAAGCCAGCCACUCCCCGCUUAAUGCCCAGUCUCCAGCUAAGGCUCAGCCCCAGGCCAAGCCGGCCUCUCCUUCCCUAAACCCUGAGCCUGGCCCAGAUGAAGCUGCUGCGGCCCCAGAUGAGGCUGCCGCGACCUCCGAUGAAGCCCAGGCCCCCGUGGAAGAACAGCCAGCAUCCCAGCAAAAGACCCAUCCUCUGCUGAAUAAGUCCCAGUCCCUGACCAAUGCCUUCAACGCCUUCAGCGACUCUUCUUUCUUCCGCGGUGUCUCGAGCUCUGGAGGUGACGGCCAAGAAGAGGUGAAGGCCGAGACCAUUCGCAACCUCCGAAAGUCCUUUGCCAGCCUUUUCUCUGACUAGGCACAGCCGAACCGUAGUCAGCCCCUUAUUGAUUCUGGCCCCCCUUUUACUACUGGCCAGUGAUUGACUUGAUUGACAUUAAAUGUGAACCAGUCUGAGAUUAAACUUUGUGUGUUAA